AUGUGUAAGAUUAUCGAUCGAUCACCCCCAGAAGCUACAAAGCUAACUAGAGUCUUCGAAGCUGAUAGCUUAUAUUACAAUCACUCGCGAAGUGAAAAAUGCUUCGAGUUAGAAAACAAAACCGAUGAUCAUGGCCUCCAUAGUUGGGAUUGGCAGGCAUGCACCGAGAUGGUAAUGUCGAUGGCAAUCUCGAACGAGAGCAUGUUCCAGCCAUCUUCAUUCAGUUACAAAGACUUCUCGGAUAAUUGUAAGAAAGAUUUCGGAGUUACCCCUCGACAGCAUAGGAUCACGACUGAAUUUGGUGGCUCAG